AUGCUGGGCGGGUUGACCCUCGAUCCGCGGCCGGUCGUUGGUGGCUUCCAGGGCCUGGUGGACGCCGUUGAGGAGGCCACCAGCGAGGACGACAUGGGCGAGGUGGGUCAUGUGGGUGGGCUCAUGCUGAGCGGGUUCGACCUCGUCGCGCCACAGGUCGUCACGCGGCCCUUCCGGAUGGUGGUGGGCGGCGAGGACACCGACUCUGACGACACCGACUGGAACCUCGUCGAUGUGCUGGCGGGGCGCGUCGGGGAGGCUGCGCGGCGGCUGCCGGCGUCCCGUGCGGUGGUGGACGGCUUACCGGAGGUUGCGCUCAGCGAUGAGGAGGCCUCGCACGGCUGCGCUGUGUGCAAGGAUGGCGUUGCGGCGGGGCAGAGUGUCCUCAGGCUCCCCUGCAAGCACUACUUCCAUGGGGAGUGCAUCCGCCCGUGGCUUGCCAUCAGGAACACUUGCCCCGUGUGCCGAUUUGAGCUCCCAACGGGUGACGCUGAUCAUGAUUGGCGACGGAGCAGGCCUGGUGUGGUAUCUGUGGCCCAACAGAGCGCACCAGAGCAGUUCCUAAGUCAUGAACCUCUUAGUAUGAUCUACUGA